UCACUUCUGCCAAUUCUUGUUUAGGAACCUGCAGAGUCGGAUUAAUUUGACACGCGCAUAUACAUAUUUAAAGUGAAUGUGCUUAUACGAAAAAUAAAUAACAACACAUAAAUCUCUCAAUGUUAAUUUUGACUUGAGAAAACAUGGAUAACAAUGACGAGGAGUCCCAUAAUAUUCAGUUUAAGAAGAAGAAAAGAAAACCACUGAGGAAACGUGAAGUUCAGUCAGACGACAAUGACAGCGAGGGUGAAAAAGUAUCUGUCAGAGAGAAAGUCGAAGAGAUGAAAAUUAUCCAAAAGCUACGCGAAAGACCAGCAGGAAUCAACGUCGUUGGUUUAGCUCUUGGAGAAAAUGUUGCAUCUGAUGUUAUAACGUCUGAUCCUUUCAAUAUAAAAACUGGUGGAAUGGUAAAUAUGGCUGUGUUAAAAAAUACAAAACACAGGCCAAAUGAUGCAUAUGAAACUGGCAUUGGAACACAAUUUAAUGCAGAGACUAAUAAACGGGAUGAGGAUGAAGAAAUGGUUAAAUAUAUAGAAGAAGAAUUAUCAAAACGGAAAAGUAAAAAUAAUGAUGAUAUGGCAAACAGUACAUAUAAUGAAAAAGGAUCGUAUUGCUCACCUGAAGAAGCAGCAUUACGUGCAGUACCAGGACAUUUAAGACAAAGUUCUGCUAAUCGUAGUGAAGAAAUGCUUUCAAAUCAAAUGCUUUCUGGCAUCCCAGAAGUUGAUCUUGGAAUAGAGGCUAAAAUCCGUAAUAUUGAAGCUACAGAAGAGGCAAAAUUAAAAUUACUUUGGGACAGACAUAGAAAGAAAGAUGGACCGUCGCAGUUUGUUCCUACUAAUAUGGCUGUAAAUUUUGUACAGCACAAUAGAUUUAACAUAGAAGAUUCGGAUUUCCAGAAGUCGCAACAAGAAUCGGACGACAAGAAAAAAAGCUCUAUUAAAGAGGAUAUUCGCGGCAAACGAAAAGAUAAUGGAGAAAAAGCGACAGAUGAUUAUCAUUACGAGAGAUUUAAAAAGCAAUUCAGACGAUUUUGAAUUUAAUUAUUUGAUGAACUAAUUGUAUUUAUAUAUCUUUUAUCGUCGUAAUCUAUACAUCAGCUGUAUUAAAUUAACUUUAAAAAAAA